GGCCGUUUGACGAAGAGGCGGCCGAGGGACUUUCGUCAGUCCGUUUUUCUUCCGGUCGUCGACUUGAUAGAGGUGCCGUCGUGUGCAUGCCCUCUGCUCAUUGCGCUGAGGCUCCCGAUCUCCUCCUUCAACUGCAGCACGCACCAACACACUCGCUCGCUCGAUUCGCCGCUUCGAAGCGAGCAAGACGCAGAACACGGGGAAAUUCGCAUGCGCGCUCUCUUCGCUGGAUCCAGCCGGAUGAGGAAAAUGAUCUGAUCGACAGAAGAAUCUUCAGGGUGCUUUGGAGGUUGAACAACAGUGAAAGGGCGGAAUUGGAUGCAGCCGAAUUUCGCAGACGAAUUGAGUCAGAUGAGGCAAUCAGCAGCAGCAGCAGCAGCUCAAGGACGUCGCGGCACGACGAGUGAGGGGCGUGAGUGAGCUCGAGCCGGAAAUUCUGCCCGAGCCUGAAAUCUAGAAUCCGUCGAGUUCAGGGGAUGAGAUUGGCACUGUCGAACGAGAGUUGAGGUUCAAGAAUCGGAUCGUCCGAAUCGCCAGGAAGGAACCCAAAAGAGGAAGGACGUCGAGGUCGGAGCUCCGAGGCCCGAGGAGAAUUCCAAGAUUGCAUGUCUCUGCCCGCCCGCAUCUCGCAUUGGCGUUGCGCUUGGCCGCUUGGAACUGCGGGGGGGCGGCAGUGAGAGCGGUGAUGCGCGAAGGAUGCACGGCACUGAUGGGCUCAUCGGUGCAUGGAGCGAAUGGGUAUGGAUUUUUGGACGACGCCUCGUUUCAGCACCAGGACAUGCCGAAGAUCCAAUGCCUGGACCAGCACAUGGUGUUCUAUCCCUCGUCGCCGGGACCGACUCCGAGCAUGUCCAUGAGCAGAGAUCAGAGGUGCAAGUAUGCGAAGCCCGAGAGCGAGCUGGUGAUCCACGUGCUCGACGACCGAGCGGAUGAGGCUGAGGUCUGCCAUGCUCGAGACCUCGCGCCCUGGCCCAGCGACGAGGCCGACCGAGCUCGAGGCCCGGACAGCGACUACGAAACCCCGUCGCCCGCGCUGCCCGUCGAGCCCUCGCCUUCGUCCUCGGCCAUGGCCAGUCCGGCCGUCUCGCGCUCGCAUUCGCACUCGCACUCCCCCGACAUCAAGCGCAAUACGCCGGAGCCUCGCUCCGUGCUGGACCUGGCCAUCAGCCCGCGCGCAUCAGCUCGUUCGUCCGUCGCCAACUUCGGGUUCCCCAACGGCGUGCUGGAUGUGCACGAUUCCUUCUUGAACGACUUCCACCGCGUGGAUUCGGGCCAUCUUCUGGCGCUGGUCGAAGAGGAUUCGUCGCGCUGGGGCGAUCCGCCGACGAAUUCCGGGGACGAGAGCCUGUCGCAGCAGAACAGCCAGCUGUGGAUGGAUUCUUUCAUCGAGGAUUUCGGAGUCAGCUCCACACCGACGUCGCUGCCCGGGCUGGAAACCGAGGGCGAGGAAGCUCGGACGAAUUCGUUCGACACGCCCACGUCCACGCCUUCCGAGGGCCAUAAGAGCAGCACUUCCGAUCAGGACCAGAGCGAGGAGGAAGGGAACGAGGACGCCACGGCCGAAGAGGGGUCGCCGCCGCCUCAGCAGGCGAACAGCGAGCCUCCGACGAGGAAGCCCCAUCGCGAGGUCGGGCUCGAGCUCGUGAAUCUGCUGCUGGCUUGCGCCGAGGCCGUGGCCACCAAAAGCCUGAGCCUCGUGAAUCCCCUGUUCGCGCAGCUGGGCGAGCUGGCGUCCCCCGAGGGCACGUCCAUGCAGCGGGUGGCCGCUUACUACACGGAGGGGCUGGCCACUCGGUGCUCGCGCCUCUGGCCGCAAAUCUACCAACCCCUCCCCUACAAUCUCGAUCUCUCGGAAGAGGACAGUCUGUCGGCCUUCCACAUUCUGAACCAUGUCUGCCCCUACACGAAAUUCUCCCACUUCACGGCCAACGAAAUCAUCCUCCAGGCCUUCGAGCAAUGCGACCGCGUCCAUGUCAUAGAUUUCGACAUUAAGCAAGGGCUGCAAUGGCCGGCGCUAUUCCAAAGCCUCGCCGCCCGUCCGGGAGGCCCACCAUCGCAUGUUCGAGUGACCGGCGUGGGCGAUUGCAAAGAGGAUGUGCAGGACACCGGCGACAGGUUGGCCGAGUUCGCCGAGGCGCUGGACCUGCAGUUCGAGUUCCACGCCGUGAUCGAUAAAUUGGAGGACGUCCGCCUGUGGAUGCUCCAUGUGAAGGAGAAGGAAGUGGUGGCCGUGAACUGUCUGCUGCAGCUGCACCGCACCCUGCACGACGCGGAGAGUGGCAUCAAGGACAUGUUGGGCCUGAUCAUGAGCACCAAGCCCAAGGUGGUGGCGGUGGUGGAGCAGGAAGCCAGCCACAACGGGCCUUUCUUCGAAGGCAGGUCGCCGAGGUUUCUGGAAUCUCUUCAGUACUACGCCGCGGUGUUCGACUCGUUGGACUUGAACAUGCCUUCCGAUAGCAUGGCGAGGAUGAAAGUCGAGCAGUUCUUCGCUCGAGAGAUUCGCAACAUUAUCGCCUGCGAGGGCCCUGAGAGAGUGGAGCGCCACGAGAGAAUCGAGAAAUGGCGCGAGCAUAUGACCCAGGCGAGGUUUGAGAGUGUGCCGCUGAGCAAACGAGCCAAAUCGCAGGCCAAGCUGUUGCUGGAAAUGUUCGCGUGCAAGAGCUACACUCUCUCGGAGGACGCCGGCGCUCUGACGCUCGGAUGGCGAAGCCGUCCUCUCUUCACUGCUUCGGCUUGGGCCCCCACCAAGCUUUCGUCGUAGAUAGUCACUCCAUGUAGAACUAGAACGAAAUGUACAAUAAUCCGAUGAGUAAGUAGUCAGUUUGUCGUCUGCCUCCGCCGCCUCUUUUAUUCUCUUUUCUCAUUGGUCUCAGACCCAUUCGAUACUCAUGUUGAUACACAACCACACGUACACCCAAUUAUAAGCUUGCUCUGCACUUCUCGGCGCUGCCGUUUGUCAAAUUGGGACAGGGAUCGCCGCAUUUUGUAAAUACGACCUUUUGAAGGAGCUGUAUAAACUUUUGUCCCCGUGCAUGUGUCAC